AUAAAACCAAACAUCCCCACUGUGUCUAUUCUAUUCACACUCCUUUUCUCUACUUUGCUCCAUUUCCCAAAAAAAAAAGAGCAGAACAAUUGGCCAUCUUUAUUUUAAUUUCUUAAUUUCAAGAAACCCCCACACAACAAAAAGUACCCAAAAGAAAAAAAAAAGAUUACUUUUUUAUUAGAGAGAAACAGAGAAAGGAAAGAGAGAUGAAAUGGGAAUUAUACAUGAAGAUGCGGUUUUAAUUAAGGAAUCUGAGAAAGAAGGUGAACACACAGUUAUCACUGUCAACUGUCCAGACAAAACCGGUCUUGGUUGCGAUCUUUCUAGAAUUAUACUUCUUUUUGGACUCAGUAUUGCCAGAGGAGAUCUUUCGACAGACGGCAAAUGGUGUUACUUGGUUUUUUGGGUGAUUGGGAAGCCAACGACUCGGUGGAGUUUGUUGAGGAAGAGGCUGCUUGAGGUAUGCCCUACUUGUAUUCCAUCAGCUUCCGGGAUCUUCUAUUUUAUUCCGGAGUUUCAACAGCCGAAGCCACCGCAGAUUUUCCUGCUCACGUUUUGGUGCUCGUAUGAUCGAAAAGGCCUUUUACAUGAUGUGACGGAGGUUCUUUACGAGUUAGAACUAACGAUAAAAAGAGUGAAAGUUUACACUGCACCCGAUGGAAGAGUGAUGGACCUCUUUUUCAUUACAGAUACCAGGGAGCUUCUUCAAACGAGUAAGAGGCGUGACGAAACAAUCAAGCGUCUGAAAAUUGUAUUAGGAGAUGCAAUGUUGAGCUGCGAUAUCGAGCUUGCAACUCCCGAAGUUGCCUCGUGCUUAAAGCCGUAUCUUCCAUCGGAAAAUAUUUUCAAUCUGCCGAUUUCUGACGAACAAUCGAGCGGAGUAGUAUCGUCCGAUUCUGUAUCUAUCGUGUUUGAUAACACACUCAGCCCUUCUCACACACUCGUUCAGUUCUUUUGCCAAGAUCACAAGGGCCUCAUUUACGAUAUCAUGCGAACACUAAAAGAUUACAACAUCCAGGUUUCAUAUGGCCGUUUCUUCGCAAAUACGGAAGGGAACUGCGAGAUGGAAUUAUUCAUAAUGCAAUCCGACGGGAAAAAAAUAACCGACACACAAAAAAGAAACGCUCUUUCAUCUAGAUUGAGAAUGGAGCUUAUCCACCCCCUUAAAGUCGACGUAAUAAGCAAAGGCCCCGAUACCGAGCUUCUUGUGGUUAACCCCGUCGAAUUGUCAGGCAGGGGCCGCCCCCUCGUCUUUUACGAUAUUACCCUUGCUCUCAGCAUUUUAAAUAUAAGCAUCUUUUCGGUGGAGAUAGGUAGACAUAUAAUCGGAGAACGAGAAUGGGAGGUGUAUAGAAUCUUGUUGGACGAAUGGGAUUGUUUAUCGGCGACGAGAAACGAGAUUAAGGAUUGUGUAAGAAAGAAACUAAUGGGUUGGGAAUGAUUUUUAGAUAUAGUAUAUAUACUGUACAGGAUAGGUAUGUAUGUUGUACAUAUGUGUUAAUUUGCCACUUAAUUGUAAAUUUAUAUGUAAAUAGUUUGUUUAAAUGAGCAAGUUUAUUACUUAUUAUACUUGAU